AGUGUCACAGGCACUUAGCUACUAAAGUUGAAACGACAUUUGAAAUUCCCGUUGAAACUCGUGAACGAAAAACCGUCGUUGUUGGUGGUAACUUCCGCUCGCAACAUGUCGUUUUGCUCGUGGGACGCAAGCGAGAAAUAUAGAAACCACUUUGAAGCCGGAAUCUAUGUUUGUCCCAAGUGUGGUCACAAGCUCUUCAGUGCUAAGGCAAAAUACAAGCACAACACACCUUGGCCAGCAUUUACGGAGACAAUCAGCGUAGACAGUGUGUCAAAGAGGGAUGAAACUGAAACUAUGACAAGCAGUAGUGCCAAAGCUCUUAAGGUUAGCUGUGGUAAAUGUGGCAAUGGUCUAGGACAUGAAUUCUUAAAAGAUGGUCCUGAUGGAGUUUCUUCAAGGUUCUGAAUCUUUUCAGACUCAUUGCAGUUUGUCCCCAAAAAGGAUGAACAAGUCAGUGAGCCAUCAUCUAGUCAUAUGAAUGGAAAAAACUAAAUGGCAAAGCUACAUGUUUGAAGUUCAACAGGACCUAGGUCAUCAAAAACAUUUUAAAGGUGAUAAAGUUGGUUGUAAUGAUAAUGAUAAUAACAACACAUAACACAUAAUACAAAUAAUGUAUACAAAUUGAUAAACCAGUGGCCCUGGAACGUGAUGGCAACAGAAUUUUUUCUUUACAUCCUUGGGGGCUGCAUACUUUGAACUCACAAAUGCUUGAACUGUACAUGGACUUAAGUUAUUUAACAGUUAUUUGCCAAAAGCAAAGCGAAUAUUGUAAAGUAAUUAAUCCCUGACACUGAACAACACAAUUGUCUUUCCUGCAAGUAGUCAGGUGACUAGAACAAGGAGACAUGGGUAUAAUCAUACAUUAUUUGGAUUACAUAUUAAGCAUUUUCAUGUAUGCAAUUGAGACCAUUCCUAAUUAAUGGGAUUUUCUCAGUGAAAACUGUAAAUUUCAUGCCUAUAGUGUAGUUAAAUUGAAGCUGCACUGUAUUUAUUUUGUUAUUAAUGAUUUCAAUGAGUGCAUUGUACAUUGGGUUUUUGUUUGAACUGAAUGAAAUGUUUAGAUGAAAGCCCUUCCUUGAAGGCUAUCUAGAUGUGGAAGAUUGUCACAGCUAAACGUGAUGUUAAACAAAACUGCAAUAAACACUGGUUAAACUCUGGUA